GUCCUUCUUCCUUGGAACUUGACAACAGAGUGAAAGAAAGAGAGACGGCAGACACGAUGGAAAAGGCCGGACUCCGCGACAGCGGGUCCGACUCGCUGCCGCCUCCGCUGGCUUGGCAGCAGCACCGCCGCGGCCGCGCAGGCGUCCGCCGCUCGCGGGCCGUGCGCCUCCUGGUCCUCGGCUGCGUGGUCUUCAUCGCGUACGCGCAAUGGCGGCAGGUCCGUGGGGGCAGCGACGCCAACCACGGGCGGCUGUCGGCUGACCGCCUGCGGGCCGACGUCGAGACCUGCGCCCGGCUCCGCCGUAAGCCACAGGACCCGGCCGGCCCGGGCAGGGAGCGCAACGCGCGCCACGUCGACGGCGCGCGCCCCACGCUGAUCCGCAACGCCACCGUCUGGGUGGGCGAGGCGGUCGAGGGCACGUCGGCAGAGGACGCGCGGCGCGGCAAGGGCUAUGAGUGGCUCGCGGGGACUGACGUCUUGCUGGAGUUUGGCUUGAUCCGCGAGGUUCGCCCGGGCGGCGGCAUCCCCGCCUCCUCGCUGCCCGAGGGGACCGUCGUCUACGACGCGGGCGGGCGGCAGCUGACGGCCGGCAUCGUGGACAUGCACAGUCACGCCGGCGUCGACCAGCUGCCGUCGAUGGAGGGCAACGAUGACACCAACGAGAUGGCGGCCGACAUCACGCCGUACGUGCGCUCCAUCGACGGCAUCAAGCCCUACGACCCGCAGAUCCGCGUCAUCAAGUCGGGCGGCGUCACCACGAGCCUGGUCCUCCCCGGGUCGGCCAACAACAUCGGCGGCGAGGCCUACGUCAUCAAGCACGCCGCGGGCGCGCGCGACGGCCGGCCCGAGCUGAGCGCGGCCGACAUGCUCGCGGACCCGGACAGAAAUUGGCGCUACAUGAAGAUGGCGUGCGGCGAGAACGCCAAGCGCGUCUACGGCCGACCCGGCGAGCGGGGCCCCACGAGCCGCCUGGGCGAGUCGUGGGAGUUCCGCCACGCCUUCGAGCAGGCCGCCGAGCUGAACCGCCGCCAGGACGACUGGUGCGCCGAGGCCGAGGCCGCCGGCCCCGAGCGCAUGCGCACCUACUUGCCGCAGGAGCUGCGCUGGGAGGCCCUGGGCGCCGUGCUGCGCGGCCACGUCCACGUCAACACGCACUGCUACACGGUGCCGGACCUCGAGGCCUUUAUCGACCACACCAACGAGUUCAAGUUCCCCGUGCGGGCCUUCCACCACGCCCACCAGACCUUCCUGGUCCCCGAGAUCCUCAAGCGCGUCUACGGCGGCGUCUACCCGGCCUCUGCCCUCUUCGCCGACAAUAUGUGGUACAAGGACGAGGCCUACAUCGGUUCCGAGUUUGCUGGCAAAUCUCUGUACAAGGACGGGCUGGACGUCGUCUACGUCAGCGACAACCCCGUUCUCAACGCCCAGCACGUCCUGUUCGAGGCAGCUAGGGCUUACGGCUACGGCCUUCCCUACCACGCAGCUCUUUCGUCGGUAACAUCGACGCCAGCCUGGUACCUGGGCCUGGGCGAGCGCAUCGGCAAGAUCAAGGCAGGAUUUGACGCCGAUGUUGUUGUUUGGGACAGCGAUCCGCUCAGCGUGGGGGCUACGCCAUCGCAGGUCUGGAUUGACGGUGUCUCGCAGUUUGAGGAUCCCGUCGAGCUCGAAAAACCUCUCAAGGGACCCAUCUCGCCCGACCUGUCACUGUCCGAGACCCCCGAGGCAGAAGUCAAGGCCAAGAACGUCAUCUUCACGGGCAUCACAAGUGUCACCCUCUCGGGCAGCCGUGGCGACGACUCUUCAUCAGAGGAGACCCUAGCCGAGCCCGUGAACAUGAUUGUCUCCGACGGUCGCGUUACCUGUGUCGGGCCCUGCGUCGCCGAGCUAGCCCAGGCGGCCGCGUUCAAGACUGUCAAGCUUCGCAGCGGCCAUGUCACGGACGGGUUCACGGCGUUCGGGUCGGGCCUCGGCCUCAACGCCAUCGACGCCGAGGACUCGACCGACAACGGCGAUAACAAGCAGGCCUUCACCCGUGCUAUCGAUGGCCUUGCACUAGACGAUAAGAAGCUGCGCACGGCGCACGCCUACGGCGUCACCCGCGCCAUAUCCGCCCCGCGGCUGGCGGGCGCCAUGACGCACCACGGCACCAGCGCCGUCUUCUUGACGGGCGCUGAGCACUCGCUUGCUCCGGGUGCCGUCUCCGUCGACGACGCCGCUGCCCACUACACCCUUUCCUGGUCGGCGCGGAACGGCAAGGCCUCGUCCGCCUCCGAGGCCGUCGGCAACCUGCGCGCCGCUCUAUUUGGUGCAGUGGACGCGCUCGACAGCACGGCCGUUGCUUCUGUGGCGGAUGCGUUCGCCGAGAAGACGUUCCUCGCAAAGGUCGUCAGGGGCGAGAUGCCACUCGUGCUGACGGCACAGAGCGCCGACUCCAUCGCGGCCAUCCUUCGCGUCAAGGCCGAUGUCGAGAAGGCCCUCGCCGCCUCUUCGAGUGAUGGUAGCAGCAGCAAGAAACUCAAGGUCGCCAUUAUUGGCGGGGCCGAGUCGCACCUAGUGGCGGCGGAGCUAGCGCGGGCGGACGUGGGCGUGGUGCUGGCGCCGUUCGAGUCCUUCUGCGCCGAGUGGGAGCAGCGGCGGUGCCUGACUGGGGCGCCGCUGACCAACGGCACGGCGGUCGACGCACUCAUAAGCGCGGGCGUCACGGUGGCCGUCGGGCUCGAGGAGGACUGGCGCGUGCGCAUGCUCGGCCUACAGGCCGGCAUCGCCAGGCGCAACAGCGGCGGCCGCAUCGGGCGCCGCGACGCGCUCGCCCUCGUCUCGGCCAACGUGUACAAGAUGCUCGGGAUCGACACGGGCUCGCAGGGCGGUGCUAGCCACUUUGUCGUCUGGGAGGGAGACCCGCUGGAGGUUGGGGCGAGGGUCAGGGCCGUUGGGGGCGGACUUGGCGUGACCACUGUAAUGGAGUAGCAGCUGAGGGGUCUAAUCUUUGUGUGACGCCAUCUAUAUUAUAGGACCUUUUUUUCUUCUCUCUUUCUCGCUGGGCAAGGUCGAUCGCAAAUUCUCAAAUGUCGGUCAUAAUCCCCAUCGCCUAGACACUAGAAGGAGCUCCCCACACCUCCUCCGCCAGGAUAGUGCGGGGAUGCAUUUAUCCACACGCUCACUAAUGUCCCACCGAACUGGGCCACCAAACUCCAACCCAUACAUCAGUCC